AUGUUUGGCAGAAGCACUUCAUCAGGUUUUGGGGGCUUCGGUGCGUCCUCUGGAGCUCCAGGAGGAGCAGGAGGCACCACAUCUCCAUUUUCUUCGGGCCUCACAAAUAACAACAACUCAACCUCACCAUUUGGCGCUUCUAACAACAACGUUGGAGGGGCUACCAACGGUGGAGCAGUAGGAGGUGGUAUAUUUGGUAACACAGGGACAGCCAAUGCCUUUGGAGGGGGAGCAUUUGGUGCAACUAACAACAACAAUACCACUAAUACAUCUGCUUUUGGAUCAGCAGGCGGGGCCAACGGAACUGCUGCCCCAGGAGGAGGAGGAUUGUUUGGUGGGUCUACCUCUGCCUUUGGUGGUAACACGGGCAGUACUGGAGCAAUAGGUGGAGGAAGUAGUGGUUUGUUUGGAGCUGCCAACAAUACCGGAAACAAACCAGCGUUUGGUUCCUUUGGUAGUCCUUCUGGUAACACCUCCACUUCUCCCUUUGGAGGAGCACCAGGAGUUAAUUCAGCAUUUGGAGGUGCUGGCGCAGGCAUUUCGACUGCUGCUGGAAACUCUGGCACUGCUAUCAAGCCUUUUACUCCUUACACGGAGAAGGAAGCUGGCGGGGUCACCAACUACUUCCAGAACAUUUCAUCCAUGCCGGAAUACAAGAACUAUUCUUUUGAAGAGUUGAGGUUGCAAGACUACGAACAAGGCAGAAGGUACGGUAAUGGACAAGCGCCUGGAGCCGGUGGUGCUUUUGGUUCCAACACAGGAACAGGUGCAGGAGCCACUGGAGGUUUUGGAUUUGGAGCAGGCGCUACAAACUCUACCUCUUUGCCAUUUGGGUCUACGAACACAAAUUCAGCCUUUGGUGCACCAGCUGCAACCUCUGCUUUUGGUGGUGCAGGUACAACUGCAGCUAAUUCCGCAUUUGGAGCUCCAAACAAUUCUUCAACGUCACCAUUUGGUGGAGCAGCAAACAAUAGUGGAAGCUCUGCCUUUGGUCGCACAACAUCACCAUUUGGAGGCAAUUCGGCUAAUACUGGAGGGGUUUUUGGAGCCAAUAACAACGCCAAUAGCACUAAUAGUGCAUUUGGAUCAACCAAUUCUGCAUUUGGGGCUCCUAAGCCGGGCUUCGGUGCUGCUGGAGGCUCUGCCUUUGGCAGUAAUAACACUGCUACUGGAGGAGGAUUAUUUGGUGCUAGCAAUAACAAUAAUACUACGAGUGCAUUUGGAGCUAGUGGGAAUAAUGCAUUUGGUGCCAAUAACAACAGUAACACGUCACCAUUUGGUGGAAACAAUAACUCAGCAUUUGGUGGUGGAAACCAAGCUACAGGUGGUGCAUUUGGAUCUAACAACAAUACUGGAGGAGGCUUAUUUGGCUCUAAUAAUAACAACUCUACCACUUCUCCCUUUGGAGGUGCAAAUAAUAAUACAGGAUCUGCCUUUGGAGGCUCUAAUAGUUCUGGAGGCAUGUUUGGGGCUAAUAACAAUACUGCUAACAAUACUAGUGGAGGUCUCUUCGGUGCCAAGCCUGCUACGGGUGGGUUAUUUGGAUCCAAUAAUAACAAUACUUCAGCACUUAGCGGGGGGUUGUUUGGUGGACAGCAACAGCAACAACAACAGCAAGCUGGUGGAUUGUUUGGAUCCAAUAAUAAUACCGCUACAAACAAUAGUGGCGGUUUAUUCGGUGCCAAUAAACCCGCUACUGGUGGACUUUUUGGUGGUAACACGGGAGCAUCUACAGGUACAUCUGGAGGUGGCUUGUUUGGAGCACAGCAAAAUCAACCACAGCAACAGCAAAAUUCAUUAGGUGGCGGUAGUGGUGGACUUUUUGGUGCUAAACCUGCAACUGGAGGAUUAUUUGGAGGUAAUAAUAAUAACAACAAUAACAACGGCGGUGGAUUGUUUGGAUCUAAUAACAACAACGCUAACAACAACACUGGCCUUGGUGGAAACACCGGUGGGGGCCUUUUUGGAUCGAAGCCAGCUACCGGGGCAUCUACAGGGGGUGGGUUGUUUGGUGGUAACAAUUCCAACAACAACGCGUCUGGAAACGCUGGAGGUGGAUUGUUUGGAGGUAAUACUUCUAACAAUAAUUCUCUCGGAGGAACUGGAGGUGGAUUAUUUGGCGGCAACAAUAAUGCAAACAAUAAUUCUGGUGGUCUCUUCGGAGCCAAACCUGCAACUGGUGGCUUAUUUGGCUCAAGCAACAACAACACCAACAAUAAUAACACCUUAGGAGGCUCGGGAGGUGGAUUAUUUGGGGGUAAUACUAACAACGCUAAUGGUGGGAAUAAUGGUAUUUCUGGAGGUUUGAACCUUAACAACAAUAAUAACAACAACUCUACCUUAGGAGGAGGGAAUGGAGGAUCUUUAUUUGGAGGACUUUCAAAUUCAAAUUCCAGCAAUCAAUCACAAUUCCAACAACAAAACCAGCAAUCUAAUCCCCUUGCCAAUAUUAGCGCUCAAAAUCCUUAUGGAAACAACCCAUUGUUCAGCAGUUUAACUGGAGGAAGUGGCCAGCCUAAUGGAGCACCAGUAACUCCUUUGGCCAUUCCUGUCGAUAGCAGAGCGAAUACAAAGAAGAAGGUCAAUUUAUCAUCAGCAUAUAGGAUAGCUCCAUUGUUCAAGACUAGUGCUAUAUCAAGACAAUCUACUCCUUCAGCAGAAUUGGGCACAGCUGCAAUUACUCCACCAGCCGACCAAUCUAAAUCAAAUGACACGAAUGCGCAGUUGUUUAGUUCAGCUACUGAUGAAGCAAUUAUUUCCUCCAAUAUUUUUGCUCCAAAGGCUGAGUUCAAAAAGCUUGUAUUGAACAGAAACAAUACUCAUAAAUUUGCAAACGCAGAAGACACUACGACGAAGAGAGUGUCUUUUAUUUUAGAUAAUUCUGCUGCUGUGAAUGGUGCUGGAGAAGCUGAAAGAGGUGAAAUCACCAGAGAAAUAGAAAAUGGAGAAAAAGAUUCUACUUUCAAAAAGGGACACAAGAGUAAGACUUCAUCAUUGUCAGGAUUUGCAAAUGGCUUCAAGUCAUCUGCAACAGCGCGGUAUUAUGAUGAAAAUGGAUACUGGACGUCUCCUUCUCUUUACGACUUAAAGCAAAAGUCAACUUCGGAUUUGCGUGCUAUUGAGAACUUUACUGUUGGAAGAAAGCAUUAUGGAGAAAUCACCUUCUUAGUACCAGUAGAUUUGACCAGCUUCGUGAACCUAGAUGAUAUCCCUGGUAACUUGAUUACAUUUGUAUCAAAAUCCUGUUUGGUAUAUCCAGAUGAAUCAUUGAAACCACAGAAGGGUGAGGGCUUGAACUUACCAGCUAAGAUUACGUUAGAAGGAUGUUAUCCAGUGAAUAAGAAAGAUAAAUUGCCAAUCUUAGAUCCCAGAAACGAAUUAGUGAAGAGUCAUAUCGAGAAAUUGAAGAAGAUCGAAGGCUUGGAAUUCGUACUGUAUGAUCCAAAAGACGGUAAUUGGGUAUUCAAGGUUGAGUCUAUGUCGUAG